AUGAUGGAAGAGUCUGAAACCCCGCAGUCCUUGGACAGACUAUGGUAUAAGUCCUUAAAAUGUUGCAUUUGUUUGGAUUACUACAACAAUCCACAUACCCUGAAAUGUGGACACAGCUUCUGUAUAAGCUGUCUUGGUCGUUUGGCACGGAAUGCCGUAGAUCAGCAUCCUGGCUCAAAUCCCAACCAAAUAAAGUUGCACUGCCCAACCUGUCGACGUCCGCUAAGUGCAAAGAACAUACGGAAGGGAAAACUGACCGUCAACUACAGUCUACAGGAGUUUGUGGAAAACUGGCUCAGCGAACAGAGCACGAUUCGAACCCAGACUAUUCAGGUUCGAUCAGUCGCGUCACAGAGUGCUGACGAGGGUAGCGAUGAGGAGGAUAAUAAUGAAGAGGUGUCCCGAACUGAAUUCAGGGAGGUUCCCUUGCGGAAUCUUCUUCCGGCGAUGUCCAGUAGUGAGGUGGACAACAUAACUAGUCAUGUGGAGCAACGACGCGCUCGAGUGACAUUUAGUUGUGGCAGCACUUCGGACGAAUCCGAUGCCAGUUUCACAACGGCACGAGACAGUCAGUUAGUAGCGCAACAUGCCGUACAGAAUUUGCCCGUCUUCUCGUUUACCUCUAUAUUAAGUCACUUCUUACAGGACAUUUGUGGAGUUGUAUCCGAUGUAAUAAGAUGUCCGAACCGGUCCGUGAUGGCGGUAGUGUGGAGCGGAUACACCUUCUCCAUCAUGCUUAUCUCCAGUGGUUUCUUUCCCUACAUGCUUCUGUAUAGUGUUCUCUUCUUCCUUAUACUGUACGCUGAGUCCAUUGAGCAGCGCCGAGCACAACGGGAGCGCCAGGCACUGGCAGUCGAAGACUAA